GAGAGCUGCCGGCUUUAAGGGUAGAGCUCACCGUUAAACAUGGGCGGGAGAACCCCUCUUGUUGUCCUCACCUUUUCUCUUGCUGUUCUGAGCAUUGAGCUUGGGAUUUCUCAUGGCUGCCGAGAGACGGAGAGGAAAGCCCUCAACGACUUCAAGCGUGGACUUCAUGAUCCUUCCAAUCGUCUCUCUUCCUGGGUCGGGGAGGACUGUUGUGCGUGGGAAGGUGUUGGCUGCAGCAACAUCUCUGGUCAUGUUAUCAAGCUGGAUCUUCGAAAUAGACGUCGGACGUAUCCAAUUGAGUACUGCACUCAUCAGGAGGUGUACGACAAGUUGGAUGAUGAUCCAGGAUGCAAAUGGGCAGUGCGUGGUGACAUGACUCCAUCACUGCGUUCUCUCCAACAACUUAGUCACCUGGACCUCAGCGGCAACUAUUUUACGCAUAAACCUAUCCCCAAGUUCUUUGGAGCUUUCAGAAGACUAACAUAUCUUAACCUCUCAGGUGCAGGCUUCAUGGGUAGAGUACCUGACCAGCUCGGAAAUCUAUCCAAUUUGCAGCACCUCGACCUUUCUUAUAACUGCUAUGGGGAUGAUGAAGGUGAUGGCUUCUUCUACUUGUACCUUGAGAACACGAGAUGGAUCUCUAUGCUCACUUCCCUUCGGCAUCUUAACAUGACUGGUGUCCGUUUUACAAAUGCGGCCAACUGGUUCCAAGAUUUGAAUGCACUACCACAUAUACAAGAGAUUGAAUUAUGUUCUUGUGAAUUAGGGACCUUUCCACGUUCGCUGUCUCAUGUCAACUUCACAUCUCUCACCACUCUUGAUUUACGAGGCAAUGAUAUAAACUCCACCAUACCAGAUUGGGUGUUCAAUAUUACUAGCCUCGAGUUCCUUUAUCUUGGUGGGAAUAACCUAUAUGGAUUCUUUCCUGAUUCUGUUACGAGGUUAACAUCUCUCAAGGCACUCGACUUCUCUGGGAAUGUGUUCCAAGAUGGCUUCAUACGAUUAGCUCCUCUAUCCAACCUCUGCAAGCUCCAAAUUCUCAAUCUACGCUAUGGGCCUAUUAACGAUGUGCUUGUCAAUUUAAAAAUGGUUUUCUCUGGAUGUCUUAAGUAUAGUAUGGAGGAAUUGGACCUCAGCGACACCCAGCUGAGUGGUUCCUUUCCGGAUUGGCUAGGGAACAUCAAGAAUCUUAAAUUUCUUGAUCUUUCUUUCAACUCUAUCUAUGGAUCAGUGCCGGCAUCUAUCGGGAAUCUAUCAUUGCUGCAAUAUUUGUAUUUAGAUUCCAAUGAUUUGAAUGGGACGAUUUCCAAAGGAAUCGGACAAUUAAAGAGCCUUGUUGGUUUGGAUCUCUACAAUAACUCGUUGAGCAUAUCGGACGAUGACUUGGUUAAUCUAUCGAGUUUGAAAUAUUUGGACAUUUCGUACAACUUCAUUGAAUUGAACAAAAGCGAUGAUUGGAUCCCUCCUUUUCAGCUUCAAAGUCUCUCCAUGGAUUUCUGCCAAAUAGGGCCCACGCCCCAAUUUCCAAAAUGGCUCCGAACACAGACCACUCUUCGUCAACUAGAUUUGUCAAGUGCAAGUAUCAAAGACAUGUUUUUCGACAGGCUUCCUUCUAGUCUUGAGUAUUUGGAUCUCAGAAAUAAUUCUUUAUCUGGACAUCUUCCUCCAAAAAUAUUAAACAUGAUGCCAAGACUAAAAUAUUUGUAUCUCUCCAACAACAAGAUUACUGGAGUAAAAGACAUGAUUCUCGAUGGGCGUCCUUCGAGUCUUGAGUAUUUGGAUCUUUCUUAUAACUCUCUCCAUGGAUCACAACUUGUAUCUCUUGGAAACCUCUCUAUGCUGCGAUCUUUGGAUUUAGGAUCCAACAAUUUGAAGGGGAUGCUUCCGGAAGGCAUCAAACGGUUGAAGGGCCUUACAGAUUUGGAUCUCUACAAUAACUCAUUGAGAUUAUCGGAGGACGACCUUGCUAAUCUACCAAGUUUGAAAUAUUUGAUCAUUUCAUACAACUCUAUAUACUUGAACAAAAGCGAUGAUUGGAUCCCUCCCUUUCAGCUUAACACCCUUUGGAUGGGAUUCUGCCAAAUACUGCCCAUGCCCCAAUUUCCGAAAUGGCUCCGAACACAAACCACUCUUAGUGAAUUAUAUUUAUCAAAUACAGGGAUCAAAGAAACGAUUCCCAAUUGGCUUCCAUCCGGUCUCCAAUAUUUGGAUCUAUCCGAUAACAAGAUUACUGGUGAGAUACCACAAUUCUUUCCAAAAUUAAAAUAUUUAUCUCUUUCAAAUAACUCAUUCUCUGGGAAUCUUUCACCAAGAAUCACAAAUACCAUGCCAAGCUUACAAUGGUUUGAUCUAUCUAUGAAUAAUAUCAGUGGCGGUAUUCCCUUCUCUUAUUGUCGAUCUAGUAAUUUGGAAAGGCUUCAGCUUUCUGAAAAUAAUUUGUCAGGAGAAGUUCCCAAUUGCUGGAAAAAUUCCUCAAAUUUACUUCUUUUAGACUUAUCAAACAACAAAUUAGUCGGUGGAGUCCCUGAUUCGCUCUGUAAUUUGCAAAUGCUAGAGUCACUGCACUUGAGUUACAAUAAUUUAUCCGGGCCGAUUCCUCAUUGUUUAAAGAGUUGCACAGAACUAUCUACUCUCGACUUGGGCCACAACAACUUUAUCGGGAACAUACCAACUUGGAUUGGAGAAAGCCUAUUGUAUCUGAAGACACUUAGCUUACGCUCGAAUGCCUUCAACGGCAGUAUUCCUCAAUUAUCUUCUCUACCAUAUCUUCGUAUCUUGGAUCUCUCCAACAACAAUCUUUCAGGAAUGAUACCACAGAGCUUUGGGGACUUCAGUGCAUUAAAAAGCGCUCCUACGUAUCAGUGUUGUUACUUCAACAAUUAUACUCUCAGUGUGGAAUAUAUGUGGCUCUUCAUAAAAGGAAGUGAAAUCAAGUAUAACACCUCCAAACAACUUUCAAUUGAUACACUUAUUGAUCUCUCCAACAAUUACUUAUCUGGAAACAUCCCUGAAGAAUUGGGGAAUUUGCAUGGAUUGCGGAGCUUAAAUCUAUCUGGAAAUUACCUUAUAGGUCAGAUACCAAGAAGCAUCGACGGAAUGAAACAACUAGAAGUCCUCGAUCUCUCAAGAAAUAAUCUCUCGGGUGCAAUUCCGUCCGGUUUGGCGACCUUGAAUUUCUUAGACCAUUUGAAUUUAUCAUAUAACAAUCUUUCAGGAAGCAUUCCCACUGGCAACCAAUUGCAAACUUUUAUUGAUCCAUCUAUCUACAUUGGCAAUCCAUAUCUUUGUGGCCCUUCUUUGCCCAUAAAUUGUGCGGUGAAUAUAGCGAAGGCCAUUGAAGAAGAGCAAAAUGAAGAUUCUUCUGAGAGCAGAAUGGAAACACUUUGGUUAUACACGAGCAUCACGCUAGGAUUUAUUAUAGGAUUUUGGGUGAUUUGUGGAAGUCUUUUGUUACGACGGACAUGGAGGAUCACGUACUUUCGUGCCAUUGAUAACAUGUUUGACAAGCUAUACGUGGUUAUGGUAGUGACCAUAGCAAAAUACAGAAGGAAGCUAUGAUAACUCUGUUGUUAGAGGGGGUCGACAUAAUUCAUCCGACUUAAGCAAUAGCAAUGGUAUUGGUAUCGAUCAGUAUGUGAUACGCUCAUGGUUUGCAUGUCUUUUCAUAACACACCGUCACAUGAUUUUAAUUUUUCCUUUUUGUGCAUACUAUAGUGACUCUGUUAUAUGAUCUAUUGAUGUUUGUCUACGUAGUUGUUUGUCAAAACUUUGUCAUCAAAUUAUGAGUCCU